GGAGAGGCGGGCCGACGUGAGGGCGGGGGGCGGACUGGCGGAACCCGACCUGCGCGGUGACUCUGGAGAGCGGCGGUCCCGACGCCGGUGGAGCCGCGGACGAGGAAGAAGAUGAGCCUUAAGUCGGAACGCCGAGGAAUUCAUGUGGAUCAGUCGGAACUCCUAUGCAAGAAAGGAUGUGGUUACUAUGGCAACCCUGCUUGGCAGGGUUUCUGUUCUAAAUGCUGGAGGGAGGAAUACCACAAAGCCAGGCAGAAGCAGAUUCAGGAGGAUUGGGAACUCGCAGAGAGACUUCAACGAGAGGAGGAGGAAGCCUUUGCCAGCAGUCAGAGUAGCCAAGGAGCCCAAUCCCUCACGUUUUCCAAGUUUGAGGAAAAGAAAACCAAUGAGAAGACACGCAAAGUUACCACAGUGAAGAAAUUCUUCAGUGCUUCCUCCAGGGUUGGAUCAAAGAAAGAAAUUCAAGAAGCAAAAGCUCCCAGCCCUUCUAUAAACCGGCAAACCAGCAUUGAAACGGAUAGAGUGUCCAAAGAGUUUAUAGAAUUUCUCAAGACCCUCCAUAAGACUGGCCAAGAAAUCUAUAAGCAAACCAAGGUGUUUUUAGAAACAAUGCAUUACAAAAGGGAAUUAAGUAUUGAGGAACAGUCAGAAUGUACGCAGGAUUUUUAUCAGAAUGUGGCUGAGAGAAUGCAGACUCGUGGAAAAGUGCCUCCAGAAAAAGUUGAGAAGAUAAUGGAUCAGAUUGAAAAGUACAUCAUGACUCGUCUCUAUAAAUAUGUAUUCUGUCCAGAAACUACUGAUGAUGAAAAGAAAGAUCUUGCUAUUCAAAAGAGGAUCAGAGCACUACACUGGGUUACACCUCAGAUGCUUUGUGUCCCUGUUAAUGAAGAAAUCCCUGAAGUGUCUGAUAUGGUAGUGAAGGCAAUUACAGAUAUCAUUGAAAUGGAUUCAAAACGUGUGCCUAGAGAUAAGUUGGCAUGCAUCACGAAAUGCAGCAAGCACAUCUUCAAUGCCAUCAAGAUCACCAAGAAUGAACCAGCUUCAGCUGAUGACUUCUUGCCUACUCUUAUCUACAUUGUUUUGAAGGGCAACCCCCCACGCCUUCAGUCCAAUAUCCAGUAUAUCACCCGCUUCUGCAACCCAAGCCGAUUGAUGACUGGAGAAGAUGGCUACUAUUUCACCAAUCUGUGUUGCGCUGUGGCUUUCAUUGAGAAAUUAGAUGCUCAGUCUUUAAAUUUAAGUCAGGAAGACUUUGAUCGCUACAUGUCUGGCCAGACUUCUCCAAAGAAGCAAGAGUCUGAGAAUUGGUCUCCAGAUGCUUGCUUAGGUGUUAAACAAAUGUAUAAGAACUUGGAUCUUCUUUCUCAGUUGAAUGAGCGACAGGAGAGGAUCAUGAAUGAAGCCAAGAAACUUGAAAAAGACCUAAUAGAUUGGACAGAUGGAAUUGCAAAAGAGGUUCAAGACAUUGUUGAGAAAUAUCCACUUGAAAUUAAGCCCCCAAAUCAAUCUUUAGCAGCAAUUGACUCUGAAAAUGUUGAAAAUGAUAAACUUCCUCCACCACUUCAACCUCAAGUUUAUGCAGGAUGAUAAAAAUGUGCAUAGUGUUUAUUAGAGCCUAAAUUGCAGAGCUCUUACUACAGUUCACUGAUGGGAUCUAGACUAUAGCCUAAUUACUCCAGACAUUUUUAAAGGUACUGUUUAUGGGGAUUGUUUUGCUUUGUCCUUCAAGGCAGGGGAAGCUUGGUAAAUAAUAAAAUACUAUUUAUUUGAGUUACUGAAAUAGAUUCAUUGAAGCUUGUUUGAAAAUUUUGUCUAAAUUAUUUCUCCAUGAUUUUCCAGUAUGCUUCCUUUGUAGCAUUCUCUGUGGUUUGGAUUUGGGCGAAUACUUGCCUUUUAAAGAAUAGAAAAAUGCUAGAAAAUAUAUGCUAAAGGGAAAUCAAUGGUACCGCUAUUCUACAGUUUGAGAUAAUUUUAUAAUUGUAAAGAUAAAAGAUAUAUUGUUAAGUAAAUAUGUAAAAUUGUAAAUAUGUUUUAAAAAGAUGGUGUCUGCUGUGCAUGGCAUUUCAUGUGUUAAUUUUUUUUAAUUUAAAAUGAAGUAUAUUGCCUUUAACACAGUUUAAUUUGGUUAUCCCAUUUAAAUGAAUCUAGAAAAUGUUUACUUCUAAUAUGUUAGCCCUAACUUAAAGAUCCUAUAUAAGUCAGACUGUGACACCAUUGGGAUCCAGAAUAAUUUUUAGGUCACAUAAAUCUACUAUUCAGUAAAGUCAGUUGAAGACUUUGAACCAUGCUUCUUGCACCUACUUCCUUUAUUCAUCAUAAGUAUUUAUUAAGACUAUGGAUGUAAAGGAGCCGGCCCAGGAAUGAGCAUACACACUCAAUUGUGAAAAUUUGCUCCAUACAUCUCCAACUAUCUCCUACAACAAAAUUGCUCCAACUAUCACAGACCAGUUUUGCAAGUAAGGGAGUUAGCCUCCAGGUGGUUAAUAUAACAAUCAAAGAAUAUUAUUAAACACAGGAUAAUGUUAAUUGAUAACUCACUCGAUAAGCUUGAUAGUCACUGACAGUGUGGAAUCACGAUACCUUUCAUAUCCUACCAGCAAUCCUUCCAGUCAAAUCCAAGUGAUUUCUAUAGAUUAUAUUAGAGUUGCAGUUAUUUGCAGGAGGCCACGGGGUGGAGUGGGGUUUGGAUUUUGGGGGCCAUAUCUGACGUUGCUCAUGGGCUGCACCUGGCUUUGUGUUCAGGGAUCACUUCUGGCAGUGCUUGGGGGACCCUCUUCCCAUAGAGAGCAUUGUUUCUAAGCAAGAUUACCUGAUGCUUGCAAUCAAGAAAGGUUUUUUUUGCUUGCUCACUCUCCUUAGGAAGUAUCCACAAAUUUAUUAUGUAGUACACCACAAAUUUGUAAUAUAGUACAAGUCAAAUUUGUAAUGUGGUGAAUUUGAAAUACACCUGGGGUAAGUAUAAAACUAUCUAGAUACAUAAAAAUGUAUCAAAGUGACAUAUCUAUUAUCCUGGAGCACUGACAUGAAGACAUUAAAAUCAGCUGAUCACCAAGGUCACGUGGAAUGUAGACUUAGUAUUUUCAAACACCAGUAAGACUUAGUCUUAGAAUCUACUUUAAGGAACCUGGUUCCCAAAAUGAUUUUAGUAGAAAGUUUUUCCCCUCUUUUUUCUUUUCUAUGUACUUUCUAGGUGCUAAUCCAAAUAUGUAUACUUUUAAUUCUCCUGGGAAUGUAUAGUUUUUUGGUUGUUGUACACUAUAUUUGUUAAAUAAAAAUGUGCAUAUCAGCCCCCCACAA